AUGAAGGAAGCGUCAGGAGUUUGGAAUACUUCGUCCAAGUUGGGACUUGUGGCAGAUGGACUCGUGCAAGAUCUCUUCCAUCAAAUCAAUCUUAAUCCGACAAAAGAGCAAAUUAAUGACAUGCUUCGUAAUGCCAAAUUAUAUUCAUCAAACAUCCGUUUUUGCAAUGGACUUUCGUUCGGAGAAUUCUCAAUUUUAGCUGCAGAUUUCCGCAGAUUCAGAACUAAUCCAAAUGGACAACCAUCAUUCCAAAUUACCUCGCUUUCACCGAAAAGCUCGCUUCGAAUAAAGAAACAACUUAUGCUUGAUCAAUUGGCUUCUCAAACACAAUCCGACAGUGCCGGAACAAGUUCAAAUGAAGAGUCAGUUGUUGAAGCUCCCGAAGUAUUUCUCGGUGGUUCAUGCAAUCCUACGACAUGGCGUGCUGACGUCGCUAUGCCUGAAUUAAAGAAAUUAGGAAUUUCCUUUUAUAAUCCUCAAGUCUCACAAUGGACGCCAGAUCUCAUAGCUCUCGAGCACCGAGCAAAGGAGAAGGCUCGCGUAUUAUUCUUCGUCAUGGAUUCAGAAACGCGUGCAUCUGCCGGUGCCAUUGAAGCGGCUCACAUUGCGGGACAAAAUCAAAAGCCUCUCAUUCUCGUUCUCCAUCCAUAUAAAAGAAAUCAAAAGAUUCUCAAUGAGUCCAUUUCGGAAGAAGAAUAUCUUGAUUUGUCACGAAAUCAAAAGUUGUUGAAGCAGCUGGUGACACGUCGUGGACUUCCGGUACUUGACAGUAUACUCACUGGCCUUCAGAAGAUCAAAGGAAUUAUUGCUGGAGAGGGUCCUUGUGCCUUACCACAAUCUGUUGGUUCACGAUUAAUCUCUGUUCGACGUUCAUAUGAUCGUGCAAUUAAUAAUGACGCUGGUCUAACAUUAGCACAAUGUCGUCAAGUGCUUUCAACUCUCGGAUAUCGAAAGGACCUCAUAACAAGUGACAACUUAAGACGAAUCUUAAGCUUAGUACGCGAUGUCUUAAACAAUCGACAUGAGUCAUCACCAGCGACAAGCUCGUCAUCAACAGAAUCAACUGAAUCAGUUGACGUGAAUGUUGUUGACAUGCCGUGUAUAAACUUUGAAGAGUUUUGUGUAAUUUCAUCGUAUUUGUCAGUUCUACAGCAAGAAAUUGAAGACAAUUGUUGUCAAUGUUCACAAUCAUCUGAUGAGAACACAGUCAUCAAUAUUUGUCAUCAACAACGUCAUAUUUUAAAUAGAAGCUUUACAAUUGAUGGAACACCAGCGACAUCAGCAACAAAUGAAGAACGACAUUCGGUGGUGAUAAUGUCGAAUGGUCCUCGAAGCGAUAGCAGUCGAGAUUCGGGUACGUCAUCGCCACAACCGAAUGAAAUAAUCGGAAAAUUAUUGAAUGGUAAUAGUAGCAGUUCGUUGCACACUAAAAUGUCCAUUCAUGUCCACCACACAGAUAUUGGAAGUGGAACAACAAAGACAACAACUGAUGAUGAUGACGAUGUUGAUAGCGAUUCAAAUGAUUCAGUGUUUAGCACGAGUAGUUCACUUGAUGAAGAUUCAAUGCCAUCGGCAUUCGAUGAACGCAAACAAUAUGAUGCAAGAGACAUUUAUCUUGGUGGCAGUUGCAUGUUGCGAACAAAAUGGCGACGUGAUAUUGCGUUGCCAUAUCUCAAAGAGAAACAAAUCACUUACUCCCUGCCAACACUUCAUGAGAAUCUGACGCUAAAACAGAUGAAAAAGCUUAAGAAUGGAACCGAGGAAAGUCAACAAUUGCUGAUACAAGAAGUUGAAGAUAGUGAUGGAAACGGGUCACUGAUGUACAAUCCAAGGAUCUUGGAUUCAAGUCGAGUCCUUUUGUUUGUAAUAACAAAUGAGACUCGGUCACUUGCACCAAUGACUCUUGCCGCUCAUUACAUUGGAUUGGGUUACAAUGUUGUGUUAUGCGUUCAGAUGUUGCCAGAUAACUGCAAGAUUGGCCAUGACCUUCUAACACCAUCAGCAAUCAAAGACUAUAAUCGUGGUCGAUCUUAUUUAUCAGAUCUAGCGAAACGACAAAACAUCCCCGUAUUCAGUGAGAUUAAACCAGCAAUUGACUGUGCAAUUGAAAAAGUUAAAUUUUCAAAGCCUCGAUGUUCUGUUUAAAACUUUAAAGCUUGAAAAUUAAUGUCUCAAUAGAUGAAGAGUGGGUGGGGAAAGAAAAAUUAAAUUAAUUCACUAAAAUUCUCUGUUUAUUUCGCCUUUCGGAAAUAUAAUUUAUCUCUCUUUUUCGGUUUUGUUAUUUUAAUUAAUGCAAAUUGACAAAUAAAAUAACUUAUUUUAAUGAAAAAAAAUCAUUGCACCUACAACAAAACAAACACACAAAUAAACAUUAAAAACAUCUAUGUAACUUUUCUUCACUUACUUAAAUAUUUAUUAUGAAUUUAUGAUACGUGUAAAUGUUUUAGCUGUAAAUUAUUAUUGUCAUGUCGUCUUUAGUUGAAUAAGUUAAAUCAAGUUAAACUAAAGAAAGAAAUACACUUCAUUUAGAUUUUAUUAUGCAUAAUUAAUUUUUCUGUAUAGUUGAAUUUAUGAAAAGAUAAAAA